AACGCCGGCCUUUCCUUGAGUUGAUUGUAUUUAUAGAACUAUGUGAAACAACUUCUCACAAAAUACCGGUUGCGUUUCCGCGGCUCUUAUCAUCGUCAUUUCGAACAAAACCUGCCACCACGGAGUUUCGUGCGAUGCUGUAGUGUUUUUAGGUUUAGGUAACUUCAUUAACGAAACGUCUUUCCUCAAUUUUCUAUCAAUAACCGUCGUCCUUCCCUGCGCCGCUAAACUUGUUUUAUUCAAUAGCCUGCAGCAUUUCUUUGGUUGAUCUUCUCAGUGUGGAGACAUCAAGUGCAUCUCAGUUUACACCAGCAAAGAAUUGUCAACAAGUCAACAAAAUGAGCAAAUACGCCUGGGUGACUUUAGCGACCAAUGAUUCCUACUCCCUUGGAGCUCUUGUUGUAGCUCACUCGCUAAAGCGAGUUCAUACUGAGCAUCAAACAGCUGUGCUCAUUACGCCAGGUGUAUCGGAAUCAAUGAAAACAAAGCUACGCGCUGUAUUCAAUGUUGUAGAAGAGGUUAAUCUACUGGAUUCAAAAGAUGAAGCAAAUCUUGCGCUUCUUAAGCGACCAGAGCUGGGUGUUACUUUCACCAAAUUACACUGUUGGCGCCUUACACAAUUCGAGAAAUGUGUUUUCCUCGAUGCUGAUACGCUGGUUUUGCGCAACUGUGAUGAGCUUUUCGAACGAGAAGAGCUAUCGGCUGCACCUGACAUUGGCUGGCCGGAUUGUUUCAAUUCAGGCGUGUAUGUGUACACCCCAAAUAUGGAAACAUUCUCUAGCUUGGUUCAGUACGCUGUCACUCACGGUAGUUUCGAUGGCGGGGAUCAAGGAUUGCUGAAUUCAUACUUCUCUGAUUGGGCUCACAAGGACAUCCAGAAGCACUUGCCCUUCAUUUACAACACGUCUUCGGUGGCGACGUACUCUUACUUGCCUGCAUUUAAACAGUUUGGACAAAACACAAAAAUUCUUCAUUUCAUCGGUGUUGCUAAGCCAUGGCUGCAGAACUUUAACUCUGAAACACGAAAAGUUUAUGUUCCUUCCGAAUGUCAGCAUCUAGCCAACUUUCUUCAGUACUGGUGGGACAUUUUUGCUGAAGAUGUUCAUUCACGGCUAAGUCCGGAUAUGCAACAAGCUUUAAAACACUGGAUGAAGCCUUUAAGCAAGGUUAGUGCUAAUCAAUAUCGUUCCACCAGUUCGGGAACGAUCUAUGUAACUAAUGAGACCGACAUCGAUAAUCAGAUGUUAUGUUGGCAAAAUGAACAAAACCAUCAAUCGCAGCAACAGCAAAGAGACGGAUACGUUCCUUCAUAUGAUCCACAAAUGGUAUAUACAGAUCCCUGGGAGGAUUAUCUGCAAAGACAAGAGCAUGCAAAAAAUAUGAGAAAACAAGAAGAAGAGCGGCUAUACUUCCUAUAUUUAGAUCAACUACGUGUUCAAGAACAUGAAAGCCGCCAAGAGUAUGAAUCAUCUCUUGUAAACACAAAGAGUCACCAUGAACAGUCAUAUCAUGUACAUCAUGAUCAACAUGUUUCCCAACAUCAGAAUCUUCACCAAGGUACUGAUGAGGGUCAUGAUGGACAUCGCCAUGAAGUUCAUUAUGAUACAAAUGCCUUCCAGCGUACAGAUCAAUGGGUCGAUAAAAUGAUACAACAACACGAAGCAAAUAUAGGACACUGGGAAAAAGCUCCUAGCAAAGUAUAUGAGGUUCAGGAACGAGAGCCAUUCAGCUUCAAUACUGUGGACCCGACCGGUUAUCAAUUGAACAACAAAUUAAAUCCACAAGACUCAACUGGUGAUAGAAGCACUUCCGUUAAGGAUAGUACUGAAACUAUCACAGUAGAAGAAAUCAAAACGGUUGCUUUAACCUCCCAACAACAAACAUCAUGUCCCGACCUGUACGAACCAGCCGAAUGCCAAGCAAAUGUUGAUGGUGGUAAAAAUGGGGAAGGGGAUGGGAGUGGUAUUGCUGGGGCAUUGGCUCAGUUGCAUCUUGGCGAAGCGAAAUCUAAGGAACAAGAAGCCUACGAAGAGCAUAUGAGACGUCAAUGCUGGGAAACAGGCAACAUCGAUUAUAUGGGUCGGGACUCAUUUGACAACAUUUGGAAACGCAUUCAACAAACCAUAAACACCGGCACCGGCUCAUGCAUGGAAGAAGCAUCCGAGGCUUCCGUUGCGCAAACUACUGCACCUGGUACAACACAACGCGCAAGCCGCCGCCCAUCACGUUCGCGAUCUGCAACUCCGAAAAGAGAUCCGAAAGACCGCUCUCCAACGCCACAACCAGAAGAGAAAAUAUCUGUUGAUAAAAAGGAAGCCCAAGUCGUUCCUCCACCGGUCAUUGCGGAGGAGGACGAUGUUGCUGUCAGUUUAUCUACGAUGGACUGUAGUAGUUUUGCAAUACGACUCCAAACCUCCAGGCUGCCACCACCAAUUCAGUAUGAUCCAACUACCAAUACGACAACAUUGACGAAGAAAGUUUUUGCAGGUUACCAACAAAUUAUAACGACCAAGAGUCCAGAAGGAAAAACUCGAACGCACACGAAGCUGGUCUACGAUCCCUCGGUCGAAGAUGAUGAAACUAAAGAGGAGGCGAAUGUGCCACUUACUACACCCACAGUAGCCUCGAACCAGGACGUAGUAGAUGGUACUGUGAUGCAGAAGGCGACCGUAAAUACUCCUCCAGUAUCGUCGAAGCAAAAGAUAACGACGGCAGCUGCUGAAGGUGGCAUGAAGGAAAUGUCUUCAACAAAAACUGCAAUGCAGGCACCGAAUAUCACUCCUGGAAUUAAAAGAGAUGCCAUUGUUUCUCAGUCACCGAUGCCAAAAUCUGCAUCAAACCCCACGGCUCCAUCCUCAGCCCAACAGCGUCAACAGCAGGUGGCACAGGAAUCGCUUGCAGGUAAAACGAACGCAUUCUUCGAAACACAGCAACCGGUCAAAGCAUUGCGUAAAAAAAGACACAUGUCUCCACCGCCGCAACCACUGCCUACUACAAACGCGACGUCCAACAAUCAAGCCUCAGGAAAAGCAUCAACUUCAUCUUCGCCAUUAUCACCAUCAUCGUCAUCUGCAACGAACGCUUUGCACCGUGGGCUGCCGGCUAAUCCAAAGGCUUCCGUAACUACAGCUAUUUUGCCAUCUGUCGUAUCGCAUCCAUCAAUAGCAUCCUCUAGCAAGGCAGAAGCGAGCAACACACAGAACACUCUCAACACACGCACUUUUCUAAAUAAUCAAAAAGAUGAAUCGGCUCUAACACUGCCAUUACUUGAGAAGACUUCAACACCCGCGUCACAGUCAUCACCGUCUACCAAGAGUUCCACUGAAACGAAACCAAACCACACCGCCGUCGAAGGUUCUAAAGUUGGUUCGCCUCCAGUGCCUCCACGUCGUAAGCGUGAAUCAAGAACUGCAAAAAUAGCAAAAGCGAAAAGAUCGAAAAUAUAUCAAUUGUUACUAUCUUGUAUUUCUUGCACGAAGAAAAAGCGUUGAUAGAAUUUCAUUUGAAAAUAACGUAUGAUGCUAUCGUUAUUAAUGUGUCAAUUAUCAAAAUGGACUCAAAUAUCGAAAAAUAUAUUAUUUACAUUUUGAAAAACUACAACAAAACGAAUGUUUCGUACAGUUUCGUAUAAGCGAAUCAAAAAAAAAAUACAUAUCUUGUAAAGUCGUCAACUCUUAUUCCUGUAACAACAAACAAUAUCCAUAUGUUAGGUAUCAUUUCCUUCCACCAUGAAUAUUACAUUCAGGUAGCUGAAACAUAAAUUUGACCAGAUCA